CGAGCUGUUCCAAUUCGGCCGAGCAAUUGACGCGACAAAAUUUCAGUUGGAUUUUCUGACAAAACUUAAAAUCAGUAAAAUUUUACCGAAGCCAAAUCAGAGAUGGAGGAGGAUUGUCCGCCUAAUGUCUCCGAUGAAGAUCCUAUCGUGCAAUGUGAAAGAAAACUGGGAGAACCACCUUCUCUUGAAAACGUGAAAAUUAGCGACAAUGUUGCGGAACUAAUUGAGAAUGGGGGCGCUAACGAAGACCGGUUGGUAAGCUACGACAAGUACUGGAUCGACAAGCUUCAAUGUAUGGAUGAGACACACACAAAGCAGAAUAAACUUGACAUAAUCGAAGCGGAGAAGACGUUAAGGAGGCUCAUAGAAUUUGCCGAGGGAGGUCCAGGGAAAGCUUGUCCUCAAAACAGAAAUAAAGUGAAGAACUGUUACAUCUCGUUUCAAGGUAAAACAUUGCAAUGUGCGUCGGCAGUGCAGGAAUUUGUCGAAUGCGUCGACAGAAUGAUGUACAAGGCUGUCCAUACCGACCCAACAACGUCGACCGAUAAGACAUCUGCUUUUAUCGACCGCUUGAAUCGAAGAUAA